CACCAAACCCGGCCCCAUUUUUUUCGUCUCUCUCGCUCUCUCCCUCCACAGCGUCUCCUCGCUUUCCCAUCCCCCCACAAGUUUCCUCGUUUGUAAACGAGAAACAUCUCUCUUUCGUGGUGGUGUUGGCGGCGGUGGUUGUUGUUGUUACGACAACGAGAGAGAGAGAAUUGUCGCGCCGGCGAAGAACGGACGGAGAAGUGGGGGAGGAGGAGGAGGCGAAGCGAGAGAGGCGGCUUCGGACCGGAGGCUGGAGGAGGAGGAGGAAGAAGAAGCAGUAGAAGUAGAAUAAGAGAAGGAGGAGGAGAUAGCGAAGUUCCAUCGGACACGACGAGGGAGGAGGGAGUGAGGAGGGAGCAGGAGGGAAGAGAACGACAACAACAACACCGAGGAGGACGACGACGCGAAGUAGUUUUUGGGGUCCGUGGAGCCGGCGGCGCUCGGCGCGUUUCGCGAGCCGCGGGAGAAGAAGAAGUGGCGGGCGGGAAGAAGAAGGAGCAGGAGGAGAAGGAGGAGAAGGCAGGGAGGGAGGCAGGGAGGGAGAUAAAAGUUGUUGGCGAGGGCGAGGAGGAGGGGGUUGUUCGCUAGUACGCGUGGCCUGUUGGGGGGGCUACUUUUGUUGGCGUCUGCGUGCGGAUCCGCGGUACAAGGCGCCCGGCCGGGCCUCUCCCUCCCGACAAAGGGCGGCAGGGGCGGGAGGAUUCAGCAGCAGCAAGAGCAGCAGCAGGAGGAGGGGAGGAGGGGUGGAGGAAGACGCAGAGGCAGAGACGGACGCACAGGGCGAGCAAGCGGUGCGGGUGAAGCGAAGCCAGCAGCAGCAGCAGCACAAGCCACCAGCGGCAGCAGCAGCCAUGGCCGACUUCCUACCCACGGACUCGUGCCUCGCCGGCUGCUUCCCCACCUGCUUCCUCUCGCAGAGGGAGAUCGAGCAGCGUCGCAAGAGCAAGCAGAUCGACGCCAUGCUGUCACGCGAGAAGCACCAGGCACGUCGGGUCGUCAAGGUGCUGCUGCUGGGCGCCGGCGAGAGCGGCAAGAGCACCUUCCUCAAGCAGAUGCGCAUCAUCCACGGCCGAGAUUUCGACCAGAGGGCCCUCGACGAAUUCAGGGCCACCAUCUACGGCAACGUGAUCAAGGGCAUGCGAGUGCUGGUGGAUGCCCGGCAAAAGUUGGGCAUCCCCUGGGCCGAGCAGGCCAACGAGAGGCACGCCGCCUUCGCGAUGGCUUUCGACGGCCGGGGAGGCGGAGGGGGCCUCAACGAGGUGGCGCCCGCCGUCUUCCAGCAGUACGUGCCGGCCCUGCGGCACCUCUGGGCCGAUGGGGGCAUCGCAGAGGCGUACAGGAGGAGGAGGGAGUUCCAGCUGGGUGAAUCGGUCAAGUACUUCUUGGAUAACCUGGACAGACUUGGGGAGAUGAACUACCUGCCGAGCAGACAGGACGUGUUGCUUGCUCGCAAGGCCACCAAGGGCAUCGUGGAGCACGACUUCGACAUCAAGAACAUCCCCUUCAAGAUGGUGGACGUGGGCGGGCAGCGGUCGCAGCGCCAAAAGUGGUUCCAGUGCUUCGAGGGCGUCACCUCCAUCCUCUUCCUCGUGUCGUCGAGUGAGUUCGACCAGGUGCUCAUGGAGGACCGCAAGACCAACCGCCUGGUCGAGUCGAUGAACAUCUUCGAAACCAUCGUCAACAAUCGGACCUUCCAGGGCGUUUCCAUCAUCCUGUUCCUCAACAAGACGGACCUGCUUGCCGAGAAGGUUCGCAUGACGAGCAUCGCGGACUACUUCCCGGACUUUGUAGGCUCGCCGCAUCAGCUGGAGGACGUGCAGAGGUUCCUGGUGCGCUCCUUCGACUCGAAGAGGCGCGAGCGCACUACGCCGCUCUUCCACCACUUCACCACCGCCAUCGACACGGAGAACAUUCGCUACGUUUUCGAGGCCGUGCGGGAUACCAUACUGCGCGACAACCUCAAGCAGCUGAUGCUGCAGUGACGUUAACUCGGCUCCUCCCCACCUGCCCCCCCCCCCCCAAAGCUAACCUUUCAGUGAGCACUGCGGUGGCCUUUUGAGUCUGGGUUGAUGGUUUCUUUGAGUAAUUGUGAAUCGCUACAGGCAAGGGCUUCUCAAACUCCACUUCUUGUGCCUCGCGCCCUGCUGCAAGCUUGCAAUUGUACCAGUCGGCCGUCUGAUGUGGACUACGUGCAAUUUCGACUCAAGUUGCAUUUGAAUGGAGAAGAGUGGUUAGUGUGGCGACGAGGAUGGAGCUGUGGCAUCGAAGCUUCAGUUUUGAAAGCCCUGGUAGAGACACUUGGCAGAAAUGCGAUUUAAAACAAAAAGCACUUUGUUGAAAAAAAAAAAGACCGGUUGAAAGAGAAAUCUGACUAGAUAUUCAGAAUUAGUUUUUAUUUCCAACUUACUGAGGCUCUUUGACUGAAACGUUUUAUUUCAACAAGUUGUAUUAUUGUUUUUUCAUGUAUUCUGCCCACAUUACCCUCUACGUUAGCCUUUUCCUGUCCAAAAGAAGAAGAAUAUCUCUGGGAAAUCGCCUCUUUGUUUUAUUUCAUGUGAAAGAUUUUAAUUUGUUAAAUCUCUUUUUUAGAUAAUCCAGGUUUUAUUCCCUUACCCCUUUUGCACAAUAUCGCUUAAUCAUUGUUCAUCCCAGGGCAAAUGAGGCUGCACUCUGGUAAUAGAAAUAAACAAUGGGCAUGCCAUAUAUUUUCUAGAUUCGGUUAUCCUCAUUGGAGGAAGCUCUUUGUGCUCAUUUGUAAGAAAAAACUCUUGAUCAGAAUGUUGAUCUUAUUCCAUGAGUGUCACGAACUUGUCUGGGCUUAUGUUUACGGCGUUCCGUGAUGCAUGUCAUUUUUUAGCUGCUUAGUUUUACUACGGCCAUAUGUGUAACGAGAGGGCUCUUUUAGGCCCUCGCAGAAAGAUUAUAGGGCCCACUUUAAAAGCAAAACAAAAUUUGGUUCUAGCUUGGAAUUUUUUUUCGAUUUUAAUGGUCUCUUUGCCAAGAUGGUUCCUGCUUAUUGCAGCGCGUGACAUGUAACUGUAGGAGAAGAUCUGUGACUUGACCACAUUGCAGGAAUAGUGCCAUAUGUAUAAGUGUAGGUAUAUAGUAAUAAUAAUAUAAUCCGCUAGAAUAUAUUUGACACCAAAUUUUGUUGUUGCCGAACGAUAGUGGGAUUGGUCCGUCCGCUGUUCUGCUUCAAGGGAGUCGAUGUUCACGCCAUGAUGGUUCAUUGAGCACUCGUCACGUAACAAGACAACGGUUCCUGGACUUGCAUGGCUGAAAGGUUCUUUAACAUUCUGUCCGACACAGGAGCCUGAUUAUAAUCCUCCCAAGUUGCCUUGUACUCCUUUUCUAAUCGGCCAGAGCUCAGCCUUUGCAUUAGGAGCUGAGAGAGACUGUGAAUAGUAACAAACACACUGUACGCGAUUGAAAACAUUUGUUUUAGACUGGAAGAUACCACUUAAAGAAAAUCUUUCCGAUUCGUGUAUUGUUUUUUGUUCCAUAUGUAUCUCAAACUUAGCAUUUUGUAUAUGUUUAACUUGCCUUAAAUCACUCAAGAUUUUUUUUUUAUUAUUUAAUGGAAAAGAUACUUGAUUUUCCAUUUUGUUUUUAGAAUUUUUAUUUUUACUAAUUCUUUGGUACAGUCUCGUUUUGAGUGCGCACACCUUUGCACGCACACACGCCUACAUAGGCUCUUCCCCAACCACUCUGCUGUCCUCUUUGCAAGCGUCCAGCCGCCUUGGCAACGGUCGACCACGCCUUUGUUUAACACAGCACGUCUCUCGCUCUCUCGCUCUCUCGCUCGGUGCCUUCCGCGCGUGGGUUUCCUUAUUUAUGCAAGGUGUUGGAGAAGGGGGGGGGGCAUCGUAAAUGGUGUGGUUGUGGGGCGGGGUACUCUCGUCUCCUCUGCCAUGCCAGCCGCACGCUCGCUCGUACAAAGAUCUUUUUUUCAGGACGUCUGGGGUACCAGGUUAAGGAAGUUAGACGCGGUGUGGAGCCCCGACAUGUUCCAGAAAGUUCCACAGAGUGGCCACCGGGCAACGUCACUCGCCACACGUUCAAAAUCUGCCGCUUUCGGUUUUCCUGAUGCCGACCAUAGCUCUGUGUCAGCCCACCGCAACCCCCGGAGAGCCUUCAAGUCGCAAGGCUUCUUCUGCAAGUACACAUUUCAGGGAUAUUUUUUAAAAUUGUUUAUUAAUUGAUUCUUAUGGUAGCUGAGGCGUUUUGGACAUAUACGUACAUUUUUUCUCCCCUUUAGUCAUAGUCGCUAUAAUACCCGUAACUUGUACUGUAUCGUCGUCAUGUAUUUUUUGUAAGCUUUUAAUCUAUCUGAUUUAAAAUAUAACACGAGUAAAUAGGGCUUAUGUUUUUUUUUUGCGCUCCACAGGGCGUAGUGGAACAUUAAAAUGUAAAAAAAAAAUUGUUUAGUUUAUUCCAUUUAUUUCGCGUCGUUAUUUUACGGCAAGCGAGUGUCGUUAUCGUCUUCAAGCCAGGUGGCGACGCGGGGGGGCAUCAAUGAAUUGCUUUGCCGCAGCGUGUUGCCUCGGGCGCUGUCGACGGCCAAACUCCGCGGAACCGCGGGUGCCUUCUGCUCGUCCUCGGCAAAAGAACGUCGCCUCUUCCGUUGUUGUCGAUGUUGUAUUAUUACCCUCACUAAUUGCUGUUGCCGUGGUCGCAAUUCAACCUUUUUGCCAGUCUUCCCAAUUUGUGGCCGUGUGUGGUGCGCGCGCACGUGUCGUCCAAUCGGUGUGCUGCAGCUCGCCACUCCUGACCCCCUUCCCCCGGGGGGGGGGCCCACAUGUUGCCUGGACGAAUGAGCCAUUGUGUUUGUUGUGAUGAAACCGCGCGCCUCCGCCUGCCCCCCCCCCCCCCCCCCCCCCGUUACCACUGAAGCGUAGGGGCGCGCUCGUAGUUAGACGGUCGUAUGUCAUUGCCUUACGCGCGAAUAGCGGCUUUUGUCGUGGGCUUCUCGCGGAAAAGUUAAUUGGAAGUUGGGAUUAUGAAGCGUAUAUAUAUAUUUUUUGUUUCCUCCGAUGACAGUCGAUGAGAAGAAGUAGCAGCUGGCAGUGCGGUUAUGGAAGCAGAUUAGGGAAUGUACAUAUAAUGGGUGUGGGGGGCACACAUCUGAAUGCAUCACGUGGUAUUGUAACAAUUGCGGAGUUUUUUUUAGGCAUACAAUUAUAGUACAUAAUACCGCGCGCACACACACACACCGUGUUCUUAACCAUGUCGUGUUGCCUUUACACUUGACCGUGGUAAUUAAUAUAUGUGCAGCCAGUAGCGGGCGCUGUUAAGGUCGAAAGGUUAUGCCAGUCCAUUGGGACGGAUGAGAAAGGGGAUUGUCCAGAAAUCCGCGGAAGAGCCAACCUUUUAAGCUCACCGGUUCGACCUUUUACUGAUCACUGAUGUCGAUCGGUACCAAAUUAGAAUUAAAUUAGAGCGUGACAGCCACGUGACUUUGCAUCAAGAGGGCCAACUCCCAUCUGGAUGAAAAUGAGUAAGCAGCAAGAAGGGGGAUGAAUGAAACAACCCGUGUGAGAACUGUCAUUGUUCUGAAGUCGAAUCUUAACGGUUUGCUAGCUUCUGCGGAUUUCUUUUAUUGAUGGUGAUGGAGAGGGGCAUUGCUGCUGUGGGACUUUUAAGCAAGUGAUGGUUUUAGAUUGAAGGUCUUAGUGUAGUGCUUAGCAUGGGUGGGUGGGCCGUAUGCACUGCAGCUUGUAGAGUCAAUGGUUAAUGGGCUAAGGUAUGUGUUGUUGGCUAGAGCAAGUGAGUGGACGUAAUGUGAUUGUGGCAGGCAUAACCAUAUUAUACACAUGCUAAUAUCCUACUCUUUAUUAAAAUAAUAAAACUAAAAAGUACCACAUAUUAAAUGUGCAUUCUUACCAUUUUGUUGUACAUUUUAUGUUCCUAUUUUGGUAAAUUAUUACGUGUAAAUUGAAUUACGCUUAGGUUCUUUUUGUAUUAAAAUUACAAUUUUACUUUCCAUUUUUGUAGUGUUUUGGACGUUCAUCUGGCUUUUUUUGGAAAAUACAUUAUGGAAGAGUUUCACACUGUCAGGAUGGAAUAAGCCAAACCUAAUACCCGCUUCUGCCUUGCGUAAACCUGUAACAUAAUCUGUACAUACACAGGGAAUGUACAAUAAAGAUGCAAAAAGUAGCCCUCGGCA